AAUGUUAUGAUUAGGCAAUAUAAAUUGAUCCUACUGAUGCCACUGCCUAUAAUAAUAAAGGUUUAAAUAUAAUUCAAUUUUAAUAGGCAAUUCAUUAAGUUGUCUACACAAAUACAAUGAUGCAAUUAAAUGUUAUGAUUAGGCAAUAUAAAUUAAUCCUAAUGAGGCCACUGCCUAUCUUAAUAAAGGUUUAUAUAUAAUUUGAUUUUAAUAGGCUGUGCAUUAGAAUACAUCAAUAACUAAGAUGAAGCCUUAAAAAAUUACGACUAGUCUAUAAUGAUUAACCAAGCAUAUACUUUAGCCUUUAAAAAUAAAGGUAAUUUUUAAUUGUUUAUAAAAGGUGCUUUAUUAACCAAAAUGAAGUAGUAUUUAGAAGCCAUUACAGUUUAUGAAAAAGCAAUACAGAAUUGCUAAACAGAUCAGAUUGAAUUCGAAAAACUAAUUGAGGAG